AUGUCGGAGGUGGUCCCCACCUCCAGCACAUCAGUCAAAUCUCGUCUCACGAGGUCCCGCACCCGUCGUCAUUCACCGGACCACAAAGGGCACGCCGUGCAUAUUAAGUUUUUCCUCGACGUUAUUGGAGCCCCGUCGCUCCCAAUCUUCUCUCCCCGCUCUACCAAUUAUCACGAUGUCAAAACUUACCUUGAGCAUAAAAAGGUCUCAUACAUAGUCCAACGGUAUGUUGCCGCGUCCGGUGGCGACGCUCUUGACUUGAUCGAAAAUGUGAUCGUGCUCGGGAAGGUGACGAUGGCGAUCAUAAAUCAAAAGAUUAAGAAAUCCAUGAAUAAGGUGGAGCAUGGCACAUUCGUGCUAUAUCAACAAACACGAACCCGCCAUGCGCCAUGGAGUCUGGAGCUCAUGGUCUCCGGUUCCAAAAUGAGCGCCCGUUGCAAUGGCAAGGUGGCUUGGCCACUCCGCCGGUCCUUGCAGGGCCUCGAUCCAAAGGGAAUAGCAGAGCUAUUCUCCAACUCCUUCAGAAUGGGAGACAGCGAAAUCGACGGCCAAAAUUGCUUCCUCCUUGAGGUAGAAUCAUCACAGCCGUCCACAUCAUCAGCAGAAACAAGCAAACACACAGUGAAGGGGUAUUUUUGCCAGAAAACCGGUCUAUUGAUCCAUCCAGAGGACAUCCACUUGCGUUUGGAUAAAACCGCCACAUGCAAGCUUUGUUGGGUGACCAAAACGUCGUCGUCGAUCCAAGACUACAGGCCGGUUGCCGGCGUCGUGAUCGCGCACGGUGGCCGGACGAAGGUUUCGUUGUCGAGCGGAAGCGAAAUGGAGGAGGUUUGGAGCAUUGAGGAGAUCGACUUCAACUUGAAAGGGAUGUCGAAGGAUUUUUUCGCGGCUCCGGCGGGAGUCGAGGAAUGGUGA